GAAAAAUACGUCAUAACCAAAACAAUCGAGUGAUCCAAAUCAAUUCGCGUAUUUCGCUUCCUGUUUACGAAAAUGGCAAGGGAUAUUUUUCUACUUUUGUUAUUAAACUUUGUUGGUUAUUCGUUGACAUUUAGUUUCAAAGACAUUGGAAAGUCUAUUCAUAUAGCAGAAAGCUUGAGGGAAAAGGACACCACUUCCAGGACAUUGAAUUAUGUUAUGAAAGAGAAAAAUGUUGUUGAGAAAAAUAUUCCGCAUUUUGUGCAAGAUGCUCUUAAUGAUGUAAAAAGUUCUCGGUACAGAAGAGCUGUUGAAAACGGAUUAAAACCAAAUAGCUCAUCGUUUCCAUUUAAUGACAGCCAUUCGCAGAUGGUAAUUCACUGGGCAGGACAAAACAGUGAUGUCAUAUUGGCCCUUACAAAAGGCUCAGUAAUUGGAAGACCGUUUUCCGCUGUUCAUACAAGUAAUGUGUUUGUGUCACAUAAUUAUGGUCGAACAUUUACGUCACUGAAUGAUAAACUGAAGUUGUUUGACGGAACGCAAGCGAUUAUAUCACAGUUCUUCAAUGCUCCUGCACUCAACAGCCAUUACUUGUUCACUGACGAGACCAACAAAUACGUGUUCACGACUCGAGAUUAUGGAAAGACUAUAUCAAGACAAAGAGUUUAUUUUAAACCAACGAAAAUGUUGUUUCACAAAACAAAUUUCAGCCUUUUGCUCGGAUGGGACGACAGUGAGACGAGAAAUGGGGACUUAUACAUGUCUAGUAAUUUUGGUGAGACUUGGCACACCAUACAGUCCAGUGUCAAAGCUGUUUUCUGGGAGGACGAUAAGUAUGGUUUAAACUCAUCAUGUAUCUACAUAUUACGAGAAAGCAAUAAUGAAGGUCUUGGCACAAUAAUCAGAAGCUGUGAUUUCUUCACGUUAGAUGAGAUUGAACUAUUGACAGCAGUUCAUGAUUUUGAAAUCCAAGGCCCAUACAUGUUUGCUACAAGAAAACUGAGAUUGCUAGGUGGCACCGGUUAUACUCAUCAGAUCUAUGUUUCAUACUAUAGAGGGCGCUUCAUCAACUCCAUGUUUCCACAUGAUUUAUCUCAUUUGGAUUAUUAUGUAGCAGACGCAUCAGAGGAUCAGAUAUUUAUGUGCGUGAAUCAUGAUGAGAAAACGACACAUCUUUACAUCUCAAAUGUGAACGGUACCAAGUUUAGUCAGUCACUAGAAGAUGUCCUCUGUUUUAACCCCAAUGGUUCAAACAAAAACAGCUGGCUAAGGUUUUACAUGGACAAACCAUUCGCAGAUCUACAUAAAGUGGCCGGGAUGCGUGGUGUCUACAUAGCAACGCAGCUUAUCAACAAAACUCUCUCAUCUACCCACCAGAGGUCCCUUAUUUCCUACGAUAAGGGUGGAGAGUGGCAGCGGAUUGUGGCGCCCCCUAAGGACAUUAAUAAUAGACCUACGAAUUGUUCUGUGCAAAAGGAUGCAUACAAAGUUAAUGAGUCCAACAACUGCUCCCUACAUGUAACUCAGACCUUCAACCGUCUGUACGCAGCAAGUAGAGCAACUCCAAUACUAUCGAAGGAAUCGGCACCGGGUAUCAUCUUGGCAACGGGAAAUUAUGGAAGUCGUAUACAUAUUGAUGAAGAUGUUAGUGUGUUCUUGUCAACAGACGCAGGCUUUGAGUGGCAUCAGGUUUUACAAGGGGUGCACUUCUUUGCAUUAGCUGACCAUGGAGGAAUCAUACUGGCAGUGAAACAAUAUGAACCAACCAAUCAGAUUAGUUACUCGACAGAUGAAGGGCAAGUUUUUCACACAUACAACUUCACUGAUCACCCUAUACAGAUUCAUGGUUUACUUACAGAACCAGGGGAGAAAACUACAGUCUUCUUUUUAUUUGGUUCAAACCUCGAUCAUCAUUCAUGGAUAGUUAUCUCCCUUAAUUUGAGCUCAGUUUUCCAAUAUAAAUGCAGUGCUCAAGAUUACAAGAUGUGGUCUUUACCGGACAACGUGUGGUCUUUACCGAACCACAAACCUUUCUUAGGUUGUUUACUGGGCCGUAAAGUUAUGAUUGAAAGACGUGUACCACAUUCUAACUGCUACAACGGUAAAGAUUACAAUCGGGAAAUGACUGUACGAAACUGUUCAUGUACGAGGGAAGAUUUUGAAUGUGACUUUGGCUACAAACCAAAUUCCGAGUAUUUCAGUGUUGGAUGUAUUCCAGACCCUGAUGUAGAUCAAAACAUUAUCCACCGCAUGCCUAGUGUAUGCCCUGAAGGCACAUUUUACCCAUACACUCGUGGCUUUGCUAAGGUUUCAGGUGAUACAUGCCAGGGUGGCGAGGAACACAGAUAUGCCCCUCUAAUGUAUGCUUGCAGAGCUCAAGAUAUAGAAGAAUUUUUGCUAUAUUCCUCGAGGAGAGCGGUGGUUCAGAAAAUAUUCUCCUCUGGCCAAAAUGACGUCACACUUCUCGAUUCCACCAUAGCGAAGAAUGUGUCUGCAGUAGAUUACCAGCUGGGUGAAACAGGAUGUCUGUAUUGGGCAGAUAAUGAGCUACAUAAAAUACAGCGGCUGUGUGAAGAUGGUAACCAUAGUGUGGAAAUGUUACAUUCGGGAAUCGGUGAAGUUCCGUCCAUAGCGUACGACUGGAAAAGUCACAACUUGUACUGGUUUUCGACGGGGCAGUUCCCCCCCAUGAGAAACAGGUGGAUGUAUUGGGCAGACAGUGGAAAGUUAAUGAAAGCCUAUAUGGACGGCACCCACUCCUCUAUCUCCACGUUUCUCAGUCACAGUACUAUAGGUUCAGACACUGUCUUGGCUCUAGAUAUACUCACUGAAAGAAUCUUCUGGAGUGGUGCUGGAAUCAGAUAUGCAUCUUUAAGGAACCCAGUGGUGAACUCGGUGGGAAAUUCUUUAGAAUGGUUUCACAUUGAUGCCUUAGGGAUAUAUAAGGAGAAAGUGUAUUGGGCAGAGUAUACAAUGUCUCGAUUAUAUAGCUGUGACGUUUCAAACUGUGUGUACAGAUACCAAGAUAUCAACGAUGGAAUCAUUGACCUCAAAAUCCUAGAUGAGAACUCACAAAGAGGUGGUAAUGCAGCAUGUGACCACAAUGGAGGAUGCACCCACCUUUGUCUCCUGAAACCAUCAACCGCUGACGGACAUGGCAAAAAUCGCACAUGCCGGUGUCCGAAUAACGCUACACUUACCCGCACCUCCACCACACAGGAGGAUGAAGGUUGUUGUGUGGGUAAAGCUGUAGUAAAUGUUAGUUCUGGCGCAUGUGUGAAGGUAAAGACAAACUGUACUGACAAUCAGUUUUCAUGUGACAACGGACAUUGUAUACCGAAUUCUUAUAUGUGCGAUCGUGACAAUGACUGCGGUGAUAUGAGCGAUGAACAUGAUUGUGAAUUCCAGACAUGCUCCGACGGUCAUUUCACCUGCGAUAAUGGACGUUGUAUUCCUGAAGACUGGAUAUGUGACUUUGAUAAUGACUGUACCGAUAAUUCCGAUGAGAUGCACUGUUCAUAUCCCUCAUGUCCUGUAGACAAGUUUAAAUGUCGUGAUGGCAGAUGUAUCAAUUUAAGUUGGAAAUGUGAUUUUGAUGAUGACUGCCCGGAUGGUUUGGAUGAGGAAAACUGUAACUACAAUAGUACAGAUUGUGGCGAGGGUCAGUUCAAAUGUUUGUCAGGAUCGCCAAGAUGUGUUCCCGAUUAUCAGGUGUGUGAUCACAGAAAUAACUGCGCUGACGGAUCUGACGAGAAAAACAACUGUAGUAUUACGUGCCCGUCGUGGAAAAGUUCAUGUGGUGAUGGAAGUUGUGUGUAUUUGUCAUGGGUGUGCGAUGGCGACAAGGACUGUAGCAAUGGAAAUGACGAGGCAAAUUGCACUAGUACAGUAUCACCUGUUACAGCACUUCCAACAACUUCAGGUCCUUGUACAGGGUUUGUUUGUGAUAAUGGUAUUUGUAUAAGAAAUGGUUUGAGAUGUGAUGGAAUAGACGACUGCGGAGAUAAUAGCGAUGAAUAUAGAUGUG